CGUCGCCUCUCAGGAAAGUUAAAAAUAAACACUUUUCGCUAUGACGGGACACGAAAACAUCACGGAGAAUAUCCAAACUCCACAGAACUGGCCCGACCAUGAUUCCUAUCCACGAUAAUCCGAAAACGUGAGUGAGGAAAACUCGUCUUUUGUGCGUGUCCCGUGCGGCGCUUCAAACACCCGUUUUUCGCCCCAACAUUUGAUCGACGGAACUAAUAUACAUUUAUCGCAGUUAAAGUGUUUAUAACAGUGUCUAAUAAUAACCACCACCAUCUACUUUAUAACUCAGUUAUCCUAAUAGAUAGUAUUUCUCAGUGUUUACGUUUCUAAUUUUAAAACAUAUAUGUAGUUCGCUAAUAGACAAUGGACGGUAUUGAAAUGAUGUUAAUGAACUGAGCUUUUAUGUGUGCAAGUAAAUAUGUUCUCUUCCUUUAAACUGCCUUCGUUGAGGCCGAGAAGCAGGAGUUUUUCUAACGCGGGGGCGGCCGGAAGUGGCAGUGAAUGUUCUCUACUACACAAACCGCCGAAAACACCAGUCGGAUCGCCGAAACAGAAACACCAUCGAAAAAGGAAUUCUGAAAUCGAUCCAGGUCCGGUCAUAUCAUCACUGAGACCGGGAUCGGUGGCUUUGCAAAGCGACCAGCUUGUCGCCGGCGAUCGCAUCUACAGCGUGAAUGGAAUCACCACCACUCGGAUGAAGCCCGAGGAAGUGACCACGUUGUUGGACAACGUGGACGGGAACGCACUGCUUGAAGUCGAGUAUUCUCUUCCCAACUACGCAUCUCAAAAUUCUCUAUGCGUCACCUCCAAAGUAACAGAAGUGACGGUGGAGAGUGUGGACGGCUCGCUGGGGAUCACGUUGAGGGGAGGAAGCAUUCCAGAACAUCCGUCGUUGAGCAGACCUCUUGUGAUCACGCAGAUCAGACCCAACGGACCGGCCCACAGGACCGGCUUGGUGCGAGUUGGCGACAGACUUCUUAAGGUCGACCAUCACUCGCUUGUAAAUAAAACGUUGCUGGAGGCGCAGCAAAUCCUGAAGGAGAAUUCGAGCCACUCCAGCCCUCACGGCAUCACUCUCACAACCUUAACCAUAGAGUACGAUGUGAGCGUGAUGGAGUCAGUGAAGUACGCAAAUGGGCCACUUCUAGUGGAAAUCGAUCGACAGUUGGAGGAAGACUUCGGUUUGGUGCUCACCAAUUGCAUCGAUUUGGGCCCGGACGACAUUUUGGCGGCCGGCUACUACAUUGAGAGUAUGGUACCGGCUAGUACAGCCGACAGGUGCGGUGCCUUGAAUAUUGGUGAUCAAGUUUUGGCGAUCGAUGACCUGGUGUUGGACGGUUGGAGUGGCACACCUGGUGAUGCUGAGAGACUAUUAAGGAGGGCCACUAAAUUACAGAUACUUCCUUCGCACGCCAUUCAAAGAGUACCGUCCAGAAACUACGGAAACGCGCAAUAUGCAAACAGUCCCAGCGUUGCUGGCUUCAGUACCCUCAACUCCAGACGCUCGAGAAACAACAGGAACCGUUCCAAUCGCCAAAGCACCAUCCAUAAAUCGUUCGACAGUGACUGCGGCAGUAAUUAUUGCGGUUGUACCGGAAACUUGGGCGUGUCUCACCCCGAAACUUUAAGUGUGACCCUAACUGCAGAUCGUGGACUCGGAUACGGAUUGGGUGUAUCCGUUGGCGAUCACUCAGAAAACAGAUCCGCAGACAUUCUGAUUUCGAGGAUUACGCCGGAUUCUCCUGCUUACAGAUGCGGCUGCCUCCAGGUCGGCGACAGAAUCAUCUCGGUAAAUCACCAGCCCAACCUGACGCUGCAGGAAAUCCACUCCAUAUUGGAAAUGGGAAACGAGACAAACAGCAAAGUUACACUUCAGGUGGAGUUCGACGUCACCGACACCAUCGUACCGUCCAGCGGGGUUUUUACGGUGAAGCUGGCCAAAAGAGGAUCGGGUUUGGGGAUCACGAUUACUGCUUGUAAGGCUCGUCCUGAAGAACCGUUCAUCAUCUCGGAGAUCAGAAGGGGCUCGAUAGCACACAGAACUGGUACUUUACACGCAGGCGACAGACUUUUGGCAAUAGACAACAGAACAUUAGACCACAUGAGCUUGGAGUCAGCCUUUGACAUUCUCCAGACGUCCACAAACGACAUUGUGACUUUAAAGGUGGAAAAAACUGAAACUGAGAAUGCCAAUUUGUUCCUGGACAGUGUUGUGUACACUGUUGAGUUGCACAGAUACGGGGGACCCUUGGGAAUCACCAUUUCUGGAAGUGAGGAUUGUUUGGAUCCAAUUGUUUUGUCACGGUUAACUGAAGGUGGAUUGGCUGAAAAAACUGGUGCAUUGCAUGUGGGAGACAGAAUUCUGGCAAUAAACGGCGAGAGUCUGGAACACAGACCAUUAUCAGACGCCAUAAGGUUACUUCAAACAUCCGGAGACAGAGUACAACUGAAAAUUGCCCGGAACAUUAAAAGCAGCGAAACUUCAGAAGAUUCAAGAUGCAACUAUUCUAGUCCUGGAUUAAUGAGCGUGGACAGUGCCAUACACUCGUGGGACAGCAACACAGUGGACAACCAACCAGACAACGCAACGGACAUACACGAGAUAAAGGACAUCGAAAGUGUACUAAGCGAACCUCUGUCAUAUCUGGACGGAGACAAGACAGCUACUAAAAAGCACCAAAGAGAUUCCCAGUUGCAAUUCUAUUCAGACACUGAAGAAAUAUUUUGUCCAAGCCCUUUGCCACUGCCAAACUACAACUUCACCAACACCAUCAAAUAUGAGAACUACACUCAAUCUCCGGCGCAUUUCAACGCUGCCAAUUCCUUCAACUCCUCCAAUUCGUUCACUGAAAGAGCGAUGAGGAGUUUCAGUCACGAAAACAUGUUGGAUAAUGAGGUUUACCACGUGACGUUGUACAAGGAUUCGAUUUACGAUGAUUAUGGGUUUAGUGUCAGUGACGGGUUGUAUGAAAAAGGUGUGUACGUCAACAGGAUCAGAAAGGGGGGUCCGGCUGAUAUCGUCGGACUGUUGAAGCCUUACGAUCGUAUAAUACAAGUAAAUGAUACAAAAACUCAAGACUUUGAUUGCUGUUUAACUGUACCUUUAAUAGCAUCGGCCGGCGACAGGAUAGAGUUGGUUAUAGCGAGGAAUCCUUAUUUGAAUAUCGCUGAUAAGGAUGUUUUGGACAACAUUUCAAAGAAGUCGUUCUCAGCUAGCCAAAAUACCAUAACAAAGACUUUAUAAUUUUAUUUAUUCAAAAAUAUAAUUCCACAUUCUAUAUAAAAAAAUAUUUAUUUUAAUUAUAUGCAUAUUUACAAUUAUUAUUCCAUAAAUACAAGUUUGAAAUACCUACACAA